GGAGACAUGUCCAUUGAGCUGAAGGAGACAUGUCCAUUGAGCCUCGCCUCCUGCAGACUCGGAGAAAGGGCGUCUGAGGGACGAGUGAAGGCAGGAGCUGGGAAGAGUGAGCGAGAGGAGAGGUGAUGAGAGCAACCAGCCCUGGGCUUCUAGCUGGAGCGAGGUGCAGCAGGGGAGGGCUUAUGAGGAGGGCCCGACCUGCCUGUGGUUCAUAGGCUCCCUCUCACUGCAUAUGGGGGGAGAGGGGUGGACCAGGGAGACCUAGGGAGAAGGUGGCUUUGAAAGCUUAAGAGGAGUGGUGGUAGCUUAGGCACCAUCUAUUUUAUUCAUUUAUUUAUUUCCACAAAUCCAUUUCACAAGUAUAGGGGACAUGACUGCCUACCCUGGUCCCUGUCUUGAGCAAUCCCAGGGACAGAGCCGUAACCAAGACAACAGGGAGCUUACAGAUCUGUAGGGGAAACGGAGUUGUCAUUACACAUGGAGUGGUCAGGGCUAGGAUGAGAGAAGCAUGGCAGAGUGGUUAGAGCUGGGGUAGAAGCGAUGAGGGCAGUGUCCAGGAGGGAGGAGGUGUGGAGCAAGAGUCCUGAAGGAUGCAUAAGAAUUUGCUAGGCCAAGAAGAGAAAGGAGAGUCUGAACAGGAAAAGAGCAUGUGCUCAACCUUGGAGACAGAAGUUUGAGGAGCCCUGGGUGGUUGAGGAACUCCUGCCUCCUUCCCAGAGAGAUGGAGUCCCCCAUGUUGGAAUCCUGCUCUGAAUUAAAUGGACAAGUGGUUUGCUGCUUUGGGCCUCAGUUUCUUCCUCUGUGAAAAGGCACCACCCCGCACUCUGGCCGGAGCACGCCAAGCAGCUCCCCGUCUCUCCGAAAGCGGCUGCAGCUCUUGCCCCCCAGCCGACCCCCGCCUGAGGCAGAACCAGGCGCCAUGGUGGAGAAGGGCUCAGACAGCUCCUCAGAGAAGGGUGGGGUGCCUGGGACACCCAGCACCCAGAGCCUGGGCAGCCGGAACUUCAUUCGCAAUAGCAAGAAGAUGCAGAGCUGGUACAGUAUGCUGAGCCCCACGUACAAACAGCGGAAUGAGGACUUCCGGAAACUGUUUAGCAAACUCCCUGAAGCUGAACGCCUCAUUGUAGAUUACUCCUGUGCCUUGCAGCGUGAGAUCCUCCUCCAGGGCCGCCUCUAUCUUUCCGAGAACUGGAUCUGUUUCUACAGCAACAUCUUCCGCUGGGAGACCACAAUUUCCAUCCAGUUGAAGGAAGUCACUUGUCUGAAGAAGGAAAAGACAGCCAAGCUGAUCCCCAAUGCCAUCCAGAUCUGCACAGAGAGCGAGAAGCAUUUCUUCACCUCAUUCGGGGCCCGGGACCGCUGCUUCCUGCUCAUUUUCCGCCUCUGGCAGAAUGCACUGCUUGAAAAGACGCUGAGUCCCCGCGAGCUCUGGCACCUGGUGCAUCAGUGCUACGGCUCAGAGCUGGGCCUCACCAGCGAGGACGAGGACUAUGUCUGCCCCUUGCAGCUGAAUGGUCUGGGGAGCCCCAAGGAAGUAGGAGAUGUGAUUGCCCUAAGUGACAUCACCCCCUCCGGGGCAGCCGACCACAGCCAGGAGCCAAGCCCCGUGGGUUUGCGCCGUGGCCACAUCACCCCCAACCUUUCCCGAGCCAGCAGUGAUGCAGACCAUGGGUCUUCAAUUCUAAUGGUCGAUGUGGGCACACAGGAGGCCCUCAGGCUGGGAUGGAGGUGGGACAAGGCUGGAUUAAGCCAUUCUCUGCAGGCUGAGGAGGACAAAGAGGAGCAGACAGACAAACAGACAGACGCCUCUUCCAGCCAGCCAGUGUUUCCAGUGGCUGAACCCCUGAACGGAGAGCCCACCCCACCUGAUGGGCCCACUUCCUUGGGCCCCUUGAAACUGCUGCCCAGUGAGGAGCUGUUGACAGACACGAGUAACUCCUCCUCAUCUACCGGAGAGGAAGCAGACCUGGCUGCCCUGCUUCCUGACCUCUCUGGCCGUCUCCUCAUCAAUUCCGUCUUCCACGUGGGUGCAGAGCGGCUCCAGCAGAUGCUCUUCUCAGACUCGCCCUUCCUGCAGGGCUUCCUGGAGCAGUGCAAGUUCACAGACGUGACCUUGAGCCCCUGGAGUGGGGACAGCAAGUGCCAUCAACGCCGAGUGCUGACCUACACCAUUCCCAUCAGCAACCCGUUGGGUCCCAAAAGCGCCUCGGUGGUAGAGACACAGACCCUGUUCCGGCGCGGCCCGCAGGCGGGCGGGUGUGUGGUAGACUCGGAGGUGCUGACGCAGGGCAUCCCUUACCAGGACUACUUUUACACUGCCCACCGCUACUGCAUCCUGGGCCUUGCCCGGAACAAGGCCCGUCUCCGAGUGUCCUCUGAGAUCCGCUACCGGAAGCAGCCCUGGAGCCUCGUGAAGUCUCUUAUUGAGAAGAACUCGUGGAGUGGCAUUGAGGAUUAUUUCCACCACCUGGAGCGAGAGCUUGCCAAGACCGAGAAGCUAUCCCUGGACGAAGGCGGGAAGGACGCCCGGGGGUUGCUGUCAGGCCUGCGGAGGCGGAAGCGGCCCCUGAGCUGGAGGGGUCACGGUGAUGGGCCUCAGCACCCAGACCCAGACCCUUGCACCCGGGCUGGCAUGCACACCUCGGGCUCCCUCAGCUCCCGCUUCUCAGAACCAUCCGUGGACCAGGGCCCCGGGACAGGCAUCCCCAGUGCCCUGGUGCUCAUCAGUGUUGUGAUCUGUGUGAGCCUCGUCGUCCUCAUCGCCCUCAACAUCCUCCUCUUCUACCGCCUCUGGUCCCUGGAGAGGACAGCCCACACCUUCGAGUCCUGGCACAGUCUGGCCCUGGCCAAGGAGUCCUGUACCCCCCACAGCAAGUUCCCCCAGACGGCGGCGGAGUGGGCGGAGGUGCUGGCUCUGCAGAAGCAGUUCCACAGCGUCGAGGUGCACAAGUGGCGGCAGAUCCUGCGGGCCUCGGUGGAGCUCCUGGACGAGAUGAAGUUCUCGCUGGAGAAGCUGCAUCAAGGCAUCACUGUGUCAGACCCUCCCUUCGACUCCCAGCCACAGCCCGACGACAGCUUCUCCUGAGGACGCCAGGCCACACAGCCAUUCCCCCAGACGGACAGAUGGACACAGAACCUCGGUGACCACUGCUGGCACGGUGUGAGCACCAGGAACCUCCUGCCCCGCCAUCCCAGUGGCCCAGCUUGGGGCCACGCAGACAUGGGGACCACAGAACCAAGAUGCACUUUAGACCAGCGUGUGCGAGUCCAGCUGCCAUUGCCUGCCCAGCCAGGGAGCUGGCCCGGCCUUCGGCAGGCCCCUGCUAACUUAUUUUCCCUGCUGGAGUUGUGGGGGCACCUCCUGGGGUGCCCGAUUCCCUCAGCUCUGGGUUUAAUGUAUUAUAUUUAUUUGGGCUGACAGUCCCAAUAAAGGGUUGGAAAUGGC